GCGAGAGAGAGAGAGAGAGAGCCUGGCUGUCAGUGGCCCGGGGUGGUGUGCAGCAGCAGUGUCUCUCGUCAGAAUAGGCAGCGGCCCACCCCGUUGGUCCUAAUUACCGUAGCCGUGUCCCACAAUCCUUCACUUCAUUUCUUUCACCGUCUGUGUAGAAAUGUCUGCUAGACCCGGAUUUUACCGACAGGAGCUCAACAAGACUGUGUGGGAGGUACCGGAGCGGUACCAGAACCUGACGCCGGUGGGAUCGGGAGCCUAUGGAUCGGUGUGGUUCGUCGUCUCUUCGUCUCCUCCUCUGUGCAGCUCGGCCUAUGAUGUGGUCCUGAGGCAGAAGGUUGCGGUGAAGAAGCUCUCCAGGCCGUUUCAGUCUCUGAUCCACAGCCGCCGCUCGUACCGGGAACUCAGGCUGCUCAAGCACAUGAAACACGAGAAUGUGAUAGGGCUGCUGGAUGUCUUCACACCUGCUGCAGCGUUGGAGGACUUCAAUGAACUCUACCUGGUGACCAACCUGAUGGGCGCAGACCUCAACAACAUCGUUAAAUUUCAGAGGCUUUCCGACGAACACGUGCAGUUCCUAAUUUAUCAGCUGCUCCGUGGCCUGAAGUACAUCCAUUCAGCUGGACUCAUACACAGAGACCUGAAGCCCAGUAAUGUGGCAGUAAAUGAAGACUGUGAGCUGAGGGUAAGAUUACAGCUGUCGUGUGUGUGUGUGUGUGUGUACUGCUGUCAGUACUUCACCAUCGCAGUACUCCCAGUACUCUCCCUCCUCCAGAUCCUGGACUUCGGCCUGGCCCGGCAGACCAACGAUGAGAUGACGGGCUACGUGGCGACUCGUUGGUACCGGGCGCCGGAGAUCAUGCUGAACUGGAUGCACUACAAUCAGAACGUUGAUAUUUGGUCGGUGGGGUGCAUCAUGGGAGAACUCCUGAAGGGGAAGGUCCUCUUCCCUGGCACUGACUAUAUCGAUCAACUGAAGAGAAUCAUGGAGGUGGUUGGGACUCCGACCCCCGACCUGUUAAAGAAGAUCUGCUCUGAACAUGCACAGAAGUACAUCCAGUCUCUGCCCUUCAUGCCCCAGCAGGACCUGGAGAAGAUCUUCAGAGGAGCCAAUCCUCUAGCCGUUGACCUUCUAAAGCGGAUGCUGGUUCUGGACUGCGACGGCAGGAUCUCGGCCUGCGAGGCUCUCUCUCACCCGUACUUCUCCCAGUACCACGACCCAGAGGAUGAGCCGGAGGCUCCGCCCUACGACCAGACUCUGGAGAGCAAAGACCGCAGUCUAGAGGAGUGGAAAGAGUUGGUGUUUGAGGAGGUGAACAGCUUCGGUGCAGCCAGCAGUAAGACUGAUAGUCUUCAGGUGGAGCAGUAACAGCACCUCCUCCUCCUCCUCCUCUUCCUCCUCCUCCUCUUCCUCCUCCUCCACCACCUACUUCUUUGUCUCCCCCACGGAGAAGGACUCACUGAGUGGGAGAAGAACUGUGGAAGGAAAGUCUCUCCCCCGUGUGUGUGGACGGACGUCCUCCUCUGGAUCCCAAGCACACCACACACUUCUCCCCCUGACCUUUGACCUCACCCCUCUUAUGAUUCCACUCAGCGAGCGCAAAAAACCAAGGACGGGAUCUUGGACAAAGUGGAGACUCGUUUACAAAGACAAAGUCCAAAUGCACAAUAAGAUUCCCAAAUCUACGACUACCCGCUCCGUCAUCGCCGCCGUCGCCGCUGCCGCCCACAAAUAUGACGUUCACGUGUAAAAAACGUUCGAUGCAGCGUCACGCCACGCCACGUCACGUCACUGAACGGCUUCAGCCUGCGUAGUACUGCAUGAUUUCUGUGUGUCGUAAUAUUACACAAUACUACUGGUAUAAUGUAUUACUGCAUAACCAUGAGAGUUUAUGGCACCUGCUGCACAGUCAUCAUAGCAGCGCAUCUGAGGGGAGAGAGAGGGGAAGAGAGAGGGGGA